AAGUUGAAAUUAUCAAUCGUCAGUUCAAGUUCAAUCGUCGGCGUCGUCAUGAUUUCUACAAAAUCUUUAUGUUUUUUGGUUGUUUUAGUAGCCUGUGUCGCUGCUGCAGAGAAAGGUAAAUGUGCGAAGGAACUCAACGUAGACAAACCAGACUGGGACGAAUUUAGGAAAAAUCCAACCGAACCAGCGGAGAAAUUGUUGUGCUUCUUCAAAUGUGAAUACGAAGGUUCAGGAGUGUUUAAUGCUGACAAAACUGUAAAUGUAGACAAACUGAUCGCCCAUAUUGAAAAGUGGAAGGUUCUACAGGAAACUACCAAGAAGGAAAUCAAGGAAUGCGUUCAGAAACUGACAGUUCCUGUUAACAGCUGUUCAGAUGUCAAACCUUACCAUCUCUGCGUCCACCAUGCAGUUAAGAAAGAGGUGAGUGCAACUGCUUGAAAAACAUCUAUACCCGAUUCUUCAAUCCUCUUUGGAUAUGUAUCUGAAUAAUACUUGUGUGAUAAUUUCAAUAAAAUAAUGUUCUAAA